GUCCCGUGUCCCCCGAGCUCUGGGCACCCUUCCCCGCCCCGCCCGGUGCCCCCUCUCCAGGACGCCGCGGGGCCAUGGCUGCGGGACCCGAACUUUAAACUCUUCUCCCGGGCCGGAGCGGACGCGCCAAGCCGGGAAAGGUCAGCUCCGCCAUGGACUGUAGCUGCGUUUCGGACCUUCUCUUCGCCCCGCCUGCCCUGCCGGCUCUCUGGACCCCGGGGUUUGCCUUCCCGGAUUGGGCCUACAAGCCGGAGUCGUCCCCUGGCUCGAGGCAGAUCCAGCUGUGGCACUUUAUCCUGGAGCUGCUGCAGAAGGAGGAGUACCAGGGCGUCAUCGCCUGGCAGGGGGACUACGGGGAAUUCGUCAUCAAGGACCCCGAUGAGGUGGCCCGGCUCUGGGGCAUCCGCAAGUGCAAGCCCCACAUGAAUUACGACAAGCUGAGCCGGGCCCUGCGUUACUACUACAACAAGCGCAUUCUCCACAAGACCAAAGGGAAGAGAUUCACCUACAAGUUCAACUUCAGCAAAGUCGUGCUUGUCAAUUACCCUCUGUUGGAUGUGGCGGCCGCUGCCACUGGCUCUCCACUCUUGCUGACCCCUGGUCCCUUUGGGAGUGCCCCUGGCCCAGAUGCUCCUCCCCUCACCCCCGAGACUCUGCAGACCCUGUUUGCCACCCCACGCCUUGGAGAGCCAGGGGCCCGGACGCCCCUGUUCACCCCUGAGACGGACAAACUGCGCCUGGACAGUCCCUUCCCAUUCCUGGGCUCUGGUGCCUCUGGCUAUUCCAAGCCCCCAGGCCUGCUGGGUCCUUACAGCCGCGCCUUCCCGGAGUGCCCCUGGAACUUUAACCCAUACUUCACAGGCCCCUUCCCCAAGCUGCCCCCUUCUCUCUACACCCCCCACUUCUACCCCAAUCCUCUGGCCAAUUCCCUGGGCCACUUGCCCUCUGCAGGGGCUGGAGGGGGCCCCACAGCUACACCCCUGCUGGCUGCAACCGGGGAAAGCCUGAGCCCUGAGCGCCCCUCAGGCCUGGCAGCAGCCCCUCGCCUGGCACUGCCAGGGGCUGGGGGUGCAGAGCCCACCCUGGGCGGGAAGGACGACAGCGACUCGGAGCUGGAGAUCACCGACGUCAGCGCCUGCAGCUCCGACAGUGAGGGCGAUGAGGGCCUCCCAGUGGCCCCCAAGGCCAAGGUGGGCAAAGGAGGUACUGGCAGCUGAGCCAAUGUGGGGUGAUGAUUCCUGCCGAGGCGGGGACCAGGAGGGCCAUCUUCGGCGCCUCACCCAUUGUCUGCCCUCUGUGCCAGCCCAAGGGCUAAGCCCAGCCCUUGGCACCUGCCCAGGGCCUAGUGUCCUCCUUCCUCAGUCCAACUGGGGGGGGGGGGUGUUCCUCACCUUUCACUCCAUGGAAUGGGGAAGGUACUCAGUGAUCUCCAGCCACCUUCCCAGGCUCCAGUUUGAGGGGUCCCUGCCUGGCCCCACUCCCAAAGUGCAAUAUGGAGCUCAGCCUCCCCUGCCUGCCCCUGUUGCUGUGACCUGUGUGUUUGUGUGGCUGUGUUUGACCCCUGUGACGGCCCUAUCCUGGUACCCUCCUACACAGGCUCCACCUGGGGACAGGGAGCUCAGAGCAAUAAUCCCGCCCCCAGCCCCCACCCAGGAGGGGCCCCUCCCCACAGCCACUUCAAGAGUUUACUACAAAAAUAAAAGAACAGAAAGUGAGAUUGGGGUCCCCCAGUGUCUCAGAUGACUAGGGCUUCAGGAGUGGGUUGGGGAAGAGGGGGGCUCCUCAUAUCCAGUAUGUGUGUGUGGGAAGCUGCUGGGGAAGAACAGUUAAAACACAAGAAUGAAUGCACCAACAACUAAGAGACACAGAGCCCGUGUGGUCAGGCCCUGGAGGUCAACAGGAGGCGGCCACACACCCCAGUGAGCCCCACCCUGCCCUCACAUGCACAGACCUCUGCUUAGAUAAUAUAUAUUAAAAAAUAA